AUGGCAGAUUUGUUCAGAAAGCCGAAGAAAAAUAUUCAACCAAGGAAAAAAGUGGAAACAGAAAUUGAAGAAGAAGAUGACUCUUCGAGAGUUUCGGAUAUUAGAGAUUUACAAAAAUCAAGAGAAAGAAAAAAUGGAUUGACUGAAUUAGAAUGUGCUGUUGGAAUCUCAAAAGUAAGAUCAUUUUAUUUUUAUAUAACCCGGCAUUAAUCCUGUAUUUUAAGGCAGCUGCAUUGGAAGAUGGAAUACAAAUGACAGGAGGUGGAAUGGUUAUGACAUCAAAAAAGAAAGCAGCUAUGGAAGCAGCCAGUAUUGAACAAGGUUUGAGGUAAGAAAAAAAGUAAUUUAGAAUUUUAUAAUUAAUGUUUCGUUUCUAGAGAGCAGUUUGAGAAAGAAACAAUGUUACGAGAUGAACAUGAAGAAUUGAGAAAAUUCAUUGAUGAUGGUUUGAAUCGACAAGAAGAAACAAGUUCGACAUCGAAAGAACAAGAAAAAUUCACAUCAUUGACAGCCGAAGAUCGAGAUGCUGCAUUAUUACAAAGAGCUGCGGGAAGAGUGAAAGGAAAUCAAAGCAAAAAAGAAACAGAAUUGUUAUCUGAACAUAUGUUAGCUGGAAUUCCAGAAGUUGAUUUGGGAAUCAGGUUUGUUUUAAAUUUAUAUUUUUUCAAACCACGAAAAUCUUUUUUCAGCGCCAGAAUCACAAAUAUCCUGAAAACUGAAAAGAAGAAACGAUUCCUUCUGGACAAAUCGAAAGCAAUUGCAUCUGGUCAACCAUUACCCGAAGAACCAGAAGAACCAAAGAGAAAACAUCAAAGAAAACCAUUCCGUCGUUAA